GACACAACGGAUUAUUUGCCAGCAAUAACAACAAACACGAUAAUUCUGUAGUGCUAAAUGUGGCGUUUGGUGGCUGCAACAUAACGUUGCAACUAAAAUUGAAAUUUCGUUAGGGUCCAACGACAGCCGCCGACAGCGCUGAGCAACAAAAAGCCGGUGGGGCACAGAAGAAUCGCUAAAGAUCGCAUAGCGCGCAGAAAGCAGAAGAUUGUCUCAGUGUGUGUGUGAGUGUGUAAAAAGUUAGAAAGAAAGCACGCAAGCAAGCAAAUAAUCUACAACAACAUCAACUGAUGAGCGAAGACGCAUGCGCACAAGCGCGGCCCGCUGUCUUCAGCACCUGAGCGACCGAGAAGAAAUCGUCAACGCCAAUUGCGCCUAAGCACAAAUAGCAAUCGGAAGAGUAACAACAAAAAUAGCAAAAACAACAUAUUGGCGUUGGAGCAUCAUCAGCAAAAUACUCAGCGUCGUUAUUAACGUGGUGAUCAUUAGUGGCGGCGCCGCAACUUAGAAAGAAAUGCCGCUGAUUCUUUGUGUCUUCCUUUCACACACUUGACUUGUUGCCUCAGUUGUGCCGCGAAUUUCGGUAAAAGCGGCCGCUUCUUUCUACUCGCCCACAAAAACUGAAAUGCAACAAAUAAAAACACACUUAAAAUAUUCGAUAAAUAUUUAAAGAAAAAAGUGUUGAAAAUAGCGUGCGAAUGUCGUUGCGUGUUUCAAAAAUGCAAAAUUGAAAAAGAAAAGAAAACGAAGUCGACUCUCGAAAAUUAUAUAAACAAAUAUUCGCUAGUUGCGCAUAAAUUAAUAAAAAUUGAUUGAUGUGAUUUGUGAAAAAAGUCAAAAAUUUAAUGACAUUGUGAGCGAGCUGCAUUAAAUAUUUAUAAGCAACGAGCUAGGGCUUAGUGAAAGUUUAUGUUAAAAAUAACUAAAAAAAAAUUAAAAAUAUAAACAAAAAUCCCAUAAAUUUUUAAAUUGCAAAAAUAAAAUGUCUCGAUAUAAAAUUAAAAAUAGUUUAAUGCCAAUAAUAUACACGCAAAAGAAAUUAAUUUUGCUGCUGCAAAUAAUUUUUGCUGGGCUCUCUGCAGCGCUUACGGUGGAUAAUCAACUGGUGUCGGCGCGAAGUGAUUGCUUUGAGCGGAUCGCUUUGGAGGCUAUGCUGCCAUUUCAGAAGACAUUUCGCACCGAAGACACCAACUCGCUAAAGAUGUGCAAGGAGAAGUGCAUACAGGCCGGCGAUAAGUGUCAAUCCCUCUCAUUUGGUGUGCAUCGACGCGGAAACGGCACUUGUCAGCUGUCAACAGAAAAAUUCAGCUUGACGGGCGGUCGGCCGAGUGGCAUCAUUUUCGAUCCCGAUUUCGAUUUGUAUGCGCGCAAAACGAAUUGUUUUGAUUUAAGCGACAAUACAAUUACAGAUACUACAGUUGGUGGCGAUGGUGAAGAUGGAUAUAGUGGCUUGUCGCCUACACCCACAAUUCAGUUACCCCAUCGACCGGUGGCGCAAGACACCACUUUACUGGUCGUGGACCCUACACCCACAACGGGCUCAACAUUUGCAAAUGAACGUCCUUCUACUGGUUAUAGUCCUUCGCCGUCAACAACUUAUGGCACUACGCCGGGUGUAUAUACGGACAGCAUAAACCCCACUUUGGGCGCUACAACACCUGACGGUGACCGUUUGUACUUUUCACACGACAUCUAUCCAUUAUAUAAGUUUCCGACACUUUAUGAAAAUAACUAUCCUGCGCCCAACGAUGAUGUUUAUAUACCAGGUGGCUAUGCUUCAAAUGUGCCAGAAGUACAUGAUAGUUAUCGACCACCGGGUCAUAAUCCCACCGAAGAUACGCAGAGUCCACCACACGGUCCACCACGUCCAAUUUUUGGCUUAGGUUAUGGCAAUGGAUUUAGUUAUGGGCGCCCGGAAUCAUAUGAUCCCACAACAACACGUCCGUAUGAUCAAAGCUCUCAAGCUGAUAGAGAUCGUGAUCAGAAUAGUCCUGGCGGCUACACAACUCGUCCUGGUCCAUACUCCAGCGAUCGUCCAGAUCGACCUGGUUCUUAUCCAAGUGAAAGACCGAGUUCAUAUCCUAGCGAACGACCAGAACGACCGGUUUCUUAUCCAAGUGAAAGACCUAGCCGUCGCCCUGAUAGACCCAACUCCUAUCCCAAUGAACGUCCAGAUAGACCGGAUUUAUAUCCCAACGAUCGACCCGAGCGUCCUGGCACGUAUGCCAGUGAUCGCCCUGGCCAAUCUGGUUCCUAUCCUAAUAACCGCCCUGUGCCAACUGACACUUACUCCAGUGAUCGUCCAAUCGGUCCACCAAACUCUUAUCGUCCAACGCGACCAGAGUACGACCCUACAACACCUACGACUUAUUACACACGUCCUGAAUAUGACGGUCUCAAUAGACGUCCUUCAUACGAACAACGCCCCUCUUCUGCGCUACCCACCACAAUGUCCAACGGACCACGACCGCCGGGUGAUUUUAUAGACUACACCAAUCGUCCGGAUGGACCAAAUGGCAAUGGUCUGAGUACAUCCAUGCGUCCACCAAUGCGUGAGCCUGUCGGCUACGGUGGUGGAUCAAAUGUUGAUUAUGGUUAUGUGCGACGAAAUGGUACUGCUGCACGUCCAGAUGGCGGUUAUGAUGGCGAUAAGACAAUAGCAACCUAUUUCAAUCCGGAGGACUAUCUAACUGGCAAUACAAGGCGACCAGGUAACGGUUAUGAUGACCGCGAUGACGGAAGCUUUAGCAUGGAUAAAAUGAAGGCCUGCUUCCGACGCGUGUUGGCUGGCAAACGCAUUUCGCCACGCUUUGUACGCAGGACAUUCGCAUGCGAACGCGUCGAGGAUUGUAUGCGUCAGUGUGGCAUCGAGAAGCGUUUUAUGUGCGAAGGUUUCAACUAUCGACUCGAUCCAUCCGGUCAUGGUCAGGGCGAUUGUGAACUGAUCGAGAUACCAUUGGCGCAAAUUGACUUGUACUCCAGUUCGAGUCAACGCGACUCGAAUUUGCUGCGACAUCCCGAUUAUGACUAUUAUGAACGUGAUCGUAAUGCGCCGCCUAGUUGUAGACGUACGCCAUGUCGUGAGUGUUCGAAGGGUGGCACACUCAGUAGUCCACCGCUGUAUUUGAAACCGAGCGGUUGGAGCGAUAAACCGCCGUAUCGUGAAGAGCAUCAUUAUUUGCCUUCACCGCCAAGCGCCAGCGGCUAUGGUAGCGAUGAACAUCGUUAUCACCCACCAAGCAGCACUGCCAUUGAUCACUAUCAUCCGUCGGGACCACCGCCACCAUCUUCAUCGAUUUCGUAUGAUCAUCGACCACCGCCAUCAUCGUCUUCAGAGUAUCACCAUUCAAGCGCAUUUGAGUUCUCUUCGCAUGGUUCUUCUUAUUUUGAGCAUACGCCACCGAGUGGUUAUGGUAGUAGCGGCACCGGUUCUGGACCAGUGGAUCGUUAUGACUACAUACGUCCGGACGAGCAUCGUUAUCGCCCAGACAGACCAGAUCGUUGGGAGAGUAUACCAAGUAGUCCUGGUUAUGAUGGUGCACAUUAUCGUCCCAGACCGGAAAGCGAUCGCUUUCGUCCACCCUAUAGGCCGGGUCCCGACUACUCGCCGUACCGUCCUGUCUCGCAUGAAGUAAGCGGUCCAUCCGGUCCACCAGACUCGUAUAGACCGGGACUACCACCACCACCACCACCAUCGACGCAUAAUUAUUUGGAUCGUGAUGGACCACCACCUAGCGGUUACAAAGGUUCUUCUAAAUUUGUGCCCUACCUGAUAGGCCAGGAGAAAGACUGGGGCAGUUAUGGCGGUAGCUAUGGUGGCAGCUAUAAUAAACAGUCAUCGUAUUGGGGUUUGAAUGAGCAUAAUCGUCGUAGAGAUCCGCUCGAUUUCAAUUACUUUGAGUUAGGUGGCGCAAGACCUGGCUCACAACGUGAACCGAACUCAGUGUUGAGUUAUCCUGGUUCCAGUUAUGGCGGAUUCGGUUCGGAAGGAUUCAGAGAUCGUCACGAUUACAGACACUCGUGGACACGGCGUCCAGGCCCGGAUGAAUGCUCGGCGAAGAUCGGUGAGGGCUUCCGACUGCACAAAACCGCAAUAAAACAUUCCACCACUGUGCCAACACUUGUGGAAUGCGAACAAUUGUGUUCGGGACAGGAUGGCUUCAUCUGUCACACCUACAGUUACCGUUACAAUCAAGCCGGCCGCGAUAAUUGCAUGUUGUGCGAUCGUCCCAUCAACUCGUUGGAUUAUUACGUAGACAUUGAACCGGACCGCGAUUAUGACAUAUAUUCUAUGUCUGAUGAUUUGGAUGUAUGUCGAAAUCCAUCACGCAGCGAUGAGCCAGGUCAUUAUGGCGCAAGACCAGGCACCGCGCUCACAGAUCCACGUAAUGCUCAGUGCUUCUUCCGUGCCAUCGAUGCAACACGCUUCUACAAGUCCAUUGUGCGCGACUCGUUGACCGUGCGUUCGGUCGGCGAAUGUGAAAUGGAAUGUAUUAAAUCGGUGAAAUUCACUUGUCGCGCCUUUGCCUAUCGCUACGGGCAGCAGCGUCAUGCCAGCGUCAUUGAUAACUGUCAGCUGAGUGAUUGGCCGGUGCGUGACAUGGACAAGGGGCGUCAUCUAAUCCAGGAUGCGGCCUUCGAUGUGUUUGAGCGCGCAAGUUACGGACAUGGUUGUGAAAUACAGCCGAUUGUGGAUGAUAAACAUAAGAAAUCGGUGUGUUAUUUGGGCUAUGGUUCACCGGCUAAGCUGCUCUCCACAGCUAUUAAAAAAGUAAUAUCCGUACCUUCUGAGCUUGCUUGUAAGAAGGAAUGUAUACGUUAUCGUGAAACGACAUCCUUCAAGUGUUACUCCUUCAGUUACGGUUCUCGUGCCACUUCCUACAACUGUGAACUCUCCGAUCUCGAUCAAACCGAAUUGAAAUUGAAUGUCCAUUACACACAUACAGAUGAUCGCGAUUAUUGGCUCUUCGCUUGGAAUCCUUUCGAUUGGACUUGUCGUGAUAAAGUGAACACUAUCGGUGGAUCUCGUGUGAAUAACGACCGGCGUAUGGAUAUAUUCCGUGAACCGGGAGAUGUCGCCUGGCGUCAUUAUACCGUCACCGGUAAGGCAUGUCGCCCGAGCAGUCCGUGUGCGAAAAAUCUCGUAACUGGUUUCUAUUCGUGCGAAAUCGAAGGCGGUGAGAUUGGCUCGUGGGAUUAUUGCUGCAAGGCUGAACACCCCUGUGGCUACUCGCAGGGGUUCGAUUAUCCAUGGUGCUUUGUGGGCGAUGAGGCCGAUCAGUGGCGCAAAUGCAGUGAUCGCUAUUAUCCGGGCAACAAAACGACGUCUAUCACACAUUCCAGUUUUAAGUUCGCAUCGCUGAAGGGCGAGAAGAAGAAGCAUACGCUUGACAGCAGCACAGCAACCAAUGAAUAUCAGCGACCACCGCGACCUGGUGGCUUGCAGAGUUUGAGCGAUUUUACCGCCGCGCGCCUAUGGCCCGUUACAUAUCUUUACAGCGAGGGGCCACCUAAUUCCACCGAGUUUAGUAAUUUCGUCGACUGCAACAAGGAAUCAUGCUAGCGCCGCGCCAAUCAAUUGGCUUGGGAUCCAAAAAAAAAUUUAUAUAUAUAUAUUUUAACUUCUAGUUGAGUUAGUUACUUAUAGUGUUUGUAUUUUUUACUCAAAAAAAUUAAAAAUGAUAAAAAAUAUUAAGAAUUAAAUUUAAAUGUGAUUUGCUAGGAGAUUUGGAAUUUUUGAAUGCCAGUUAUUGCAUUUUUCGAAAAAUUUUAAUUUGCAAAAAUAAAAAUAAUAUAAAUUGAUACCCGUAGAUCUAACUCUAGAUGUUCGGCUAGCACUAAAAUGUACUAUUAAUAAUACUAAGCUUAAAACAAGUAUUAAAAUGUCGCUUCCAAUGUAGUUUUGUAUUUAUUUAACGUGAAAUAAAAAUUAAUUAAUCUCAAA